AUGCGACCGGUCAACCUGAACGAAAGCCGCCGGGCUAUAGAUCUGCUUGUAUGCGAUCCGACGCCGAGUCUGGAGUACUCGCCGUUCCAUUUGCUCGGCCUCCGCUUCCCGGUAUUGCGGCUGCAGCCGCAGCAAAUGCGUGCACGUGAACCAGCAGCUGCGCCAGAUUAG